AUGACGUCGGAGGAGCCAAACGAGAGGACAGAGCUGAUGGCGGCGGUGGCGGAGGGGGCGGAGCCAAGAGGGGCGGAGUCAAAUGGGAUAGAGCAAGUAGCAGUGAUGGAGCCGUGCGCUGGAUGUGCUCAAUUGCACAAAGAGAUUCGACAGGACGUGAACAAGAUCAUGAACAAGAUCGAGGCGGUGUGCGAACGUCUUGAACUGAUAAUAGCAGAGAAAGAGAAGGCGAAUCACGAACAGAUGUCAGAGAGUGGAAGUGAGGAGAAGUACUCCGGUUCCCCGUCUGGAAGUCGAGAGUCACCAGACAAACAUAUCAAUGGACACGUGCUGACGACGUCCUCAGGAAACGGCGGGUGUCGAAAGAGGAAGCCGACGAAAGAGUCAGUGAAUCGACUAUUCGAGAACAUUCCAAUGAAACAUGAGAAUGGGAAUAGGUCUCCGAAGGUGGCGAGACAACAAGUGUCCACUCCGGUCUCGGCGAGUUCCCCGUUUCCAGAAUUCAAUCAGUUUAAUGGGUUCAUUUUCGACCCAAUGGUGAACCCUCAAAAUAUGAAUAUGAUGCAACUCCUAAACCUGGUUAACCAAUCACAACAACACACUCAGCAACCCCAACAUCCACCACCACAACAAGUUCAACAGAUGGAGACAGUAAAAAUCAAGGAGGAAGUUAAGCAGGAGCCAGUGGACAACAGCUUUCCUGUGGAGACGACGGAGCAGAAGUUGUUGGAUCAGAUCACCGCACAGUUUAAUGGUAAAUCCCCAUCUCCCACCGUCGUCCAUGCGGCCGGCUCAUCCGGUGCCUCCGAUGACGACCCAUCCUCAUCAUCCGGUGUCUCCAGAUGCUCCAAUUGCUCCACGACGAAGACUACCGCCUGGAGACGUGACAUGGCAGGACGACUUGUGUGCAACGCGUGUGGUCUGUAUUAUAGACUUCAUAGGACACACCGCCCGGUGCACAUGAGGAAGGACUUCAUUCAACAGCGCUUCCGUAGAAAGAUCAAGGAGGAUGAGAUGCCCAUCGCCACAUCCCAAGCGGCCGUCUUCAGUCAUCUCCUCGGGCUGCCAAACAUGCCAUCAAAUGUCAAUGCAUCGAAUGCAUUCAGUAUUCUAGAGCAAUUCAGCAAUCAGCUAAAGGAUAAUCAAGAACUAUCUGACUCUUCUAAUUAG